UCUGGACUUAAAUGCAGUAGUUUUAGCUUGCGGCAGACACAAUCAGUUUCAAGCUACGAUCAGUGCAAUACGCAAAGACACAGAUUGAGGAUCUUUGUGGACGAGGCGAGCCAUGAUGAAGUUUAUUCAUGCUGCUGUGGUUGUGCUCAGUCUUCUGUCCGUUGGACAGUCAGCUCCUGUGAUCGACUGUGAGCGUCUGGUCCAACCUCUGGAGUUCACGGGAAGAGAGCAGCUGCUGGGCAAGUGGACGUACAUAGCAGAAGCCACAAACAUCCCGGCAUCCCAAUUGAUGACGAAGAUGUUAGUGGACAGCGCAAGGACGAAUAUCACUGCUGCUGCUGACGAAAGUGAUAUCAUCAAUCUUCAGACUCUAAAAAUGUUUGGCAGGUGCUUCACUGUCACUAGUAAGAUGACCGUGGGGAACAGCACUCUCUCUAUGGAUAAACCUGUCAUUGGUUCUGGGGUCCUACUGACUACCAGCUGCCCUGACUGCACUGUUUCCUACUCAAAUUACACCAUUGGAGGACGAUCAUACCAGAGUAUCCAGCUCAUGAGCCGGAGAGAUAAGCUGACUGCUGCUGAGCUGCAAGAGUUUACCAAGCAGGUAGAGUGUGUGAACUUACCAGCACCUGCUAUCCUGGACCCAGAAAAAGGUUUUUGCCCGGAUGAGUCUCCCUCCCAAGAAACAGAGGUCAUUGAUAUGACCAAAUUCAUGAAUGACUAUAGCUCUGAGUUCCACAGCUUCUUUGACAAUAUUAUGAACACUAAAGGUGGAUUGCAGAAACUUAUCAAAAUGCUCUCCAGCGGCAUAGCUGGAUUAAAAGAAUAUUAACAUAGUCAAUAAUGUCCUGCCAUGCUUACAUGAUAAAGAGGCCAUGUCUGAGAAUUCUGCCAAUAAAAUGAUGAUACUAAAUGAA